AUGGCCCAGGAUGGAUCCGAACCACAGUAUUUGGAGCCACCGGUCAUUACGGCCAUCAAGAACGAUGCGGGUUAUGGAAGCGAAUUAACUCGCCAUGCCAUGGAGAGAUCAUUCAGCCAGGACAUCCAAGAAGGAACUCAAGAGCUGAAGGAGGCGGCCGAACAAACCCGGAACAUCAUCCUUGAUCUCAGUCUAGAUGGCCAUAUUCGCUGGGUCAGCCCCUCUUGGACCGAUGUUGUUGGGACUGAUCUCGAGCAUGUUCGAGGUCACAAGAUCUCGGAGUUCAUCAGCGACAAUCCAGAUGUCUUCGAGUCGGCCAUUGAGGCCCUGAAGUCAAACGAUUCCAAAAGUCAAAUAGUCAAGUUUGCUGUCAAGGUUGGCCCUUCCUCUGACAUGGGGACUAUGCUACAGACCGAGGACGGUCAAGAACCAAGUGAGGAUAAUGUCGACACUGACGAGAGUGGAAAUGCAGUUCUCGAAUUGGAGGGCCAAGGAAUCAUGGUCUACGACAGGACGUCUGGAGGAGAGUCGCACACCAUGUGGAUGUUACAACCUGCUCAGGAGCCCAUUCGCAUCGAGAUUGCCCUCCCUCAAGCACUCGUUGAAACUCUUGGAGUUGGCGCGGAGAUUCUGGCAAAAUACCUUACUGAGCUCGCAGAGUUCGGGGCUAACGACCCAGAGAAUCACCCUCCUCCUCUUCCUAUUCUUUGCCGGGUGUGCGAGCGGUCCAUCGUACCUUGGUGGUUCGAGAAACAUUCAGAUCUCUGUGUACAAGAACACAAGGCCGAAAUGGAUGUGCAAAUGGUUCAGGAAAAUCUCUCGGAACACAGGCACGCAAUUGUCAAAGUGCUCGACGCUUUCGAAGCUCGUCAAGGGCGAGGCUCAGGCGGCGAAAAUCCUCCUGCUUCAGUUCCCGAGUACAAGGGCAUGCCGAUCGGUCCAUCGCCGACCUCUUCAACCGGCGUCUCUUCAGCUUCAGGGUCUCAUAGUGCCAGUCCGGUGAGGUCACGGAGUCCAUCCACAGCCGGCCUAGGUCAUGCUCGGGCUCGUUCCUUCGUCGUCCGGCGCCCUCUAGUUCGGAUUGUGGAACUGAUUCUGGACCUGUGCGACACGGCCAUGGAAAUCAACGUACCCUCAAUCAAAGACAGCAAAAGCUCGGCGGAAGAUGACUUUAAAUCGCAGUCCCCGCAGUCGGAGUCUAGAAUUUCCCAAAUCAUCCAAUGGCAACCUCCAAGCAGUCUGGACAACGAGCCUGGCUUAGCCACCUUGAGCGCAGAUACCGAAAAACUGGCUCGUGCAAAAGUGGAUGCCGUCCACCGAUAUCAGAAUGUUUUGGAAUACUCAGAGCGGAUUCGCCAAGAAUACAUGGCUGAGGUCGAUGCAUGUAUCAAUGAAGCUUUGAUCAAAGCUGAGCGGGCUGCGGCAGGCGAGGCAUUGUCUUCCAGUGAAAGUGAGUCUGAAGAAGAGCCUAUGCUAGAGGGCAUUCUGGAAAGCCCAGGAGAAGAUCCGGAGCCCACUCCACAACCGCUUCCCGUGGAGCACCUCGAGCCCGAAGCCAGUCGGAGCACAUCAUAUGUCGGACUGAGAUCGAUGGCUUCUGCUCUCAGAAAUCCCCGGGACUUGCCCCAGAUCACGAUGGGAGCUGACAAGAGACGAUCGUCAUCUCAAGCAGUUUCGACAGGCUCCAGCAGCCCAAUCGAAUGUCCCACCCCAAAGUCUCACCGGAGCAAUCUCGUCUCUCAACCUCAACCAGUGUCGAACAGACGGUCGAUGUAUAUUGAAGAUGCCAACGAUAGUGAUAGCAGUCUGCCACCCCCCUCUAUGUUGUCGGGCAACUGGCGAGCUGACUCUCCAGCCUCUGCAUCUGAACACGGUCGUACCGCACAAUCACGGGACCGAAAGAGACGAAGCAUGCAUCUGCAUGGCCUUAAUUCGGCCUCGCCCCAUCGCCAGCAGUCACCAGGAAGAUACCCGCCCCCCCCGCCGUCGCCACUGAGAAUGACCAAAUCUAGAAUUCCCAGUGGAGAAAUAGCCCAGUCGCCUGUCGUGUCGCCAUUAUUGACGGCAGGUGAAUUUGUACCUCCAGGCAAUGCUCCGACCUUGCAUAGGAGGCAGUCGUCGAUGCAUUCGUCUGACCUGAAGACUCCGUCUUCCCCUCGGUUGAAUUCUAUUUCUCAUCCACAACAACGGGCACAGGCCCCUUCGAUAAAGGACUUUGAGAUCAUCAAGCCGAUCAGCAGAGGUGCCUUUGGGAGCGUGUAUCUGGCAAAAAAGAAAAUCACUGGCGAAUACUUUGCAAUCAAAGUUCUCCGCAAAUCUGACAUGAUUGCAAAGAAUCAAGUCACGAAUGUCAAGGCUGAACGCGCCAUCAUGAUGUGGCAGGGGGAGAGCGAUUUUGUUGCCAAGCUGUACUGGACAUUCUCCAGCAAGGAUUACCUUUACCUCGUCAUGGAGUAUCUGAAUGGAGGUGAUUGCGCGUCCCUUGUGAAAAUCCUCGGAGGAUUGAGUGAAGACUGGGCCAAAAAGUACAUCGCCGAAGUCGUUCUGGGUGUGGAACAUUUGCACUCUCGAGGGAUUGUCCAUCGCGACUUGAAACCGGAUAAUCUUCUGAUCGACUCCAAAGGCCACCUGAAGCUUACCGACUUCGGACUGUCUCGUAUGGGCCUUGUUGGUCGGCAGAAACGUGCACUCAAGCAGCCUGAUGAGGCUGUGCCCGACCUUUUGAAGCAAGGCCCUUUCACCCAAAACGGUUCAGGGUCAAAUCCGGCCUCGAGAUCAACCUCUUUCGACUACCAGGGCCCCCACUCGCCAGCACCAACCCCUCUCAUGACUCCUGCUUUCACAGGGGGUCUUGAUCAACCUUCCUACUUUAGUCUGAACCGGGAAAGCUCUUUAAGCCGAGAAACAUCACUAAGGAACUCCGGCUAUCGGAGUGAUAGCGGCAGCGGCUCAAGCUUCGAUCUCCAUCAACUCUUCAAAAAGCUCGGAGUGCAAGAAGACACCGAUUCCACCCCUCAGAUCUUUCCCCGCAAGAUUGAAGAAGAGGCAUACAGUCAGGGUAGUGCAUCACCCGAUUUGUUCCCUCUAUCACAGUCGAUGAGUAAUAUCUCUCAAGCGGCUCCCGUUCCUGUAGCUUCUCAGAUGUUAGCUCCCCCACUAUUUGAGCCUGAAGAGAGCGAUCGCCGUUUUGUGGGUACUCCAGAUUACCUAGCACCCGAAACUAUUAACGGCACCGUGCAAGAUGAAAUGUGUGACUGGUGGUCUUUGGGUUGUAUCAUGUUCGAAUUCCUCUAUGGAUUCCCACCUUUUAACGCAGAGACGCCAGAGAAGGUGUUUGACAAUAUUUUGAAUCGGAGAAUUGCCUGGCCCGAGGAUGACGAGAUUGAAGUCGGCCAGGAGGCGAGAGACCUCAUUGACAAGCUCAUCCAACUAGAUCCGAGAGAAAGGCUGGGUGCAAACAAGGACGAGAAGUACCCGAGUGGUGGCGCUGAGAUUCAAGCUCAUCCCUGGUUUGCUGACAUUCACUGGGACACCCUCUUGGAAGAUGAAGCUCAAUUUAUUCCGAACCCCGAGCACCCAGAAGACACCGAGUACUUUGACUCGCGCGGAGCCACCUUGUCAUCCUUCCCCGAAGAACUGGAAGACCAAAUCUCGCCAUCAGGCACAACCCCAAAUGGUUCCGAAUAUCCCAAUCGUCCUCACGAUGCACUUUUUCGAGCCAGAACGCAAGCAACUUCUGCUAAGCGUGGCCUCAUGCCUCUCCACAUUCCUCCCCAUGUGGUGCGCGAUUCCCGCAGUCGGAGACUAAGCGAACCCGUCAUCGCUGAUGAUUUUGGGAAUUUCACUUUCAAGAACUUACCGGUGUUGGAGAAGGCCAACAAAGACAUAGUCGAGAGAAUGAGGAAAGAAGCGAUGCAAGCUCAAGCUAGAGGCUAUGCUCAUUCGCAAGCUAUGUCCGCUUCCAACAGUCCAGCGCUGGGGUCUCCCGGACCUUCGCUUGAGGGCAGCCCUAUGAUGCCGAUGCCUGUUAAGCGGGCGCUAUCUAUCAGCAAGGGCCACAGACCAGGUUCUCCGUCGAGUCUGGCUACGUCCAACUCAUCACCUAGCAGGCCUUCUCAACCUUCUUCGCCCCUCUUAGUUCAAUUCUCCACUGCACAGCAUCACGAUAGACGAAAGACUUCUGGGUCUUCCCAAGGAAGUAGUUCUCUUGCUCCGAGCAGCUUCUUCGAUAUCCCCCAUGACGCUAUCAAACAUGCACAAACAGCCGCGUCAUCUCCCAUCAAACCUGCUCGGAUGCCAUCAGUUUCACCCGCAAAAGCAAUGCCUCCACCACGGGCUUCAACAGUCAAUGGGCGAACCAGAUCGCAGACUGUCGGUUCGCAGGAAAGCGAUGGGCAAGCUACCCAGCGGGAAAGUUUUGUACCUGGUCAUCAUAAGCGCAAGAGCCAGCUUCUUGUCCGAGACGUCUCGCCGUCUUCUUCGGACAACGAGUCGGCACAAGCGAAAGCGCUACUCAAGGUACAACGUCGGCGGCAGAGCUCGAGAAGACUCUCGCAGAUCAAUUUUCUUGAGGGCCCUACAUAUCGCCCUCUGGAUGUCUUGAUCUGCGAGGAUCACCCAGUGUCCAGAAUGGUGAUGGAGAGGCUCUUUGAGAAGUUGCGGUGUCGAACAAUUACCGCGACCAAUGGUCCAGAUGCUCUACGACUUGCUAUCAGCCAGAUCCAGUUUGACAUUGUCUUUAUGGAAUUCAAGCUUCCACUAAUCAGCGGAGUCGACGUUGCCCGCAUGAUUCGAGACACAAAGAGCGCAAAUACCAGCACUCCCCUCGUCUGCAUCACCGGAUAUCUGAAAGAUCUUCCCGAGGUACAUCACUUCGAUACUCUUAUGCAGAAGCCGCCGACUACCCAGAAAUUGAUCGAGAUGCUAGCCAAAUACUGUUCGUGGAAACCAGCACCGAAAGACUUCCGACCCGCUGUUCCUUUGACCAUCCCACAUCUUAACACGCGAUUCGAGCCUAUUCCCACCCAAGAUAGUCCCAGUUCCGUGGCCUCGAGUUUAGCCCCUACUAUACCCGACUCAUCAUAUCGAGGAUCAGCUCGGGAGGACUCGAUUGGCAGCGGCGGAUUUUUUAGUGAUUUGGAAUCCUUCAAGAGUGAUGAUAUCCCUGUCAUCGUGUCUCGCGCUGCUACAGACGAGUGGGCAAAGGCAGGAUUAGGAAUCUCCGACGAUAUCGUCCUCGGACAGCGACCUUAUAUCCAGCCAGGUUACCCUCAUCUUGUUCACACCGAGUCUGCACCCUCGAGCGCUUGCGUCGAUGACACUAGUGGAUACGGCCUUCGAACCCCGCGGCGGCAAAAGUCGUCGGAAGCUGUCAGAUUGAAACGAGAGCUCCUUGAGAAGAACAUGAACCAUGCCAGCGGAGCAGCUGAAGAAGGCGAUGACGAAGACGAGGAACUUGGCGACGUACAAGUGCGAGCACGGUCACCCAUCGGCAAACCUGCGCGGCCAUCGUCUAAACUUGGGAUUGAAAUGAUGCGCACCAACAGCCGUGGAAGUGUCAUAUCCAUGGGCGAAGACAAACAAACAGAGGCAGACAGCCUGAGGAAGUCUCUGGAAGUCCUGGAAGAGCGCAUGGAGAAUCUCAAGAUCCCCGAGGAGCCCAGUACAGCUCUGUUGACCGAGAUGCAACCGCGGAAGAAGCUUGAGAGAACUGUCUCCCAGCAUUCCCAUCCUCAGCAAGAGACUGUCCGUUCUCCCAGUGGCCAAAUCACACCCCCAGUCAUAUUCCCCCCCAAACCAGGGACAGCCUUUGCGGAUAUUGAGAUGGAUAUUACUCCAGUGCCAACCAAGAUGAUCAACAUGGAAGAAGAGCCGACUCCGAAGCCCCACGGCAGUCCUUCGGGACCAGAAACUAUACAAUCUCGGCGCUAG